AUGUAAUUAUGCCCUUAAGUCGAUGACAAUCAGCCAAUUAUAUUGGGUACCAUAUCAGAAGAAUGGUAAUUCUUUCUAGAAGCCUGGAAGCAUUUUCCAAUUAAGGUAAAGUUUAUUUUGAAUUAUAGUAUUAUUCAUUAUAAGUUGGCUGUGGUAUUACAACUAAUAGAAGAUUACUUUAUGUUAAUCCUAAAAGAGAAGGAGUAUCUUAUUAAAUUAAAACAAAUAUGCCACAUCUAAUUUAGAUAAAGAAUUAUUCUCUAAUAUUAUCAAAAGAUGAGGGAAUGUAUGUAAAAUUUGCAAUUACUCCUCCUCAAACUCCCUGUAAAUUAAAAGUUAAAUUUGUUAUUGAAGACAUCAUAACAUCUUUACCAGUAGAAGGCAUAGAAAUGGAGAUUAAUGUUAAAAAUAUUUGA